CGUCGGUUACCGGCCAUAGGAACGGUGACCUCGCCUUUGGGGAUGCGGCCUGGCGAUUGUUAUGUCGCAGUCUCGGAUGCCGCAUCGUCGAAGUAACGUAUUGAUAUAAAGAAGCGAGGCGAGCACCUAUUCCGCCAGGGUGUAUCAAGCUCGGUUUAACGGAACAGGGUCUCCUUUCACCAUAUGGUCGCCUCAAUGGACGCUUCCUCGCGUGGUGAGGACUUUGAAGUCCUUCCCAACAAAGAGUCUCUCAGCCCUUCCAAAUCCGACAUGAUAGUCAACAACGGCGAGAUAUCCAUCGACAAGAGCACGGCUCUACAUCGUGGGCUCAAAUCCCGCCAUACCACCAUGAUUGCAUUGGGUGGCGCGCUGGGCUCUGGUCUCAUCAUCGGCACCGGCUCAGCACUUGCAAGCUCAGGCCCAGCCUCUGUCCUGAUCUCGUACACCGUUGUCGGUAUCGUGGUCUGGCUAAUGCUCACUGGCCUCUGCGAGAUGGGUACCUAUCUGCCCAUAGCUGAAGGUUUCACGGGUUAUGCUUCGCGCUUUGUCGAUCCGGCAUUGGGCUUCAGUCUAGGCUGGAGUUACUGGCUGAAGUACGCAAUAUCGACACCAAACCAGUUGACCGCUAUCGCCUUGGUCCUGCAAUACUGGGUACCACGUGAAAAAGUCAACCCUGGAGUGUUCAUCGCUAUUUUCCUGGUGGUGAUAAUCCUGGUCAACUACAUCGGAGUGAGGUUCUUCGGCGAAUUCGAAUUUUGGCUGUCAUCGAUCAAAGUGCUGGUUCUGGUUGGAGUUAUCCUCCUUUCAUUGAUUCUUGCUUGCGGAGGCGGUCCCGACCAUGACCCCAAGGGUUUCCGCUAUUGGCACCACCCGGGUGCCUUUAAGGAAUACAAGGCUGACGGCUCCUUGGGUCGCUUCCUGGGCGUCUGGUAUUGUAUGGGUAUUGCCAGUUUUGCGUACCUAUCCACCGAGUUUAUUGGAGUUACCGUUGGCGAGGCUCAAAACCCUCGCCGGACGAUCCCACGCGCAGCACGCCUCAUCUUCUACCGGAUUUUCUUCUUCUACGUCAUUUCGGUCUUCUUCCUAGGUAUGCUUGUACCUUACAACUCUCCCAAGCUCGCAUUUGCGACAAAGCAGUCAACCUCGGCGGCAGCAUCGCCCUUUGUCGUGGCCAUUGUCUUGGCGGGUAUCAAGGUAUUGCCGGGCAUUUUGAACGCCUGCAUCCUGAUCUUUGUCUUCUCGGCGGGCAUAUCUGAUCUUUACAUCUCAAGUCGAACCCUCUACGGCCUUGCUGGGGACGGAAAAGCUCCUCGCUUCCUUGCAAAGACGAACAGUCGUGGUGUUCCUGUCGCUGCAAUGGGCACAUCGGCAGCCUUUGCCUUACUAGCGUUCAUGAACGUCUCAAGUGACUCGAAGAAGAUCUUUGGCUACUUCAUCAACUGCAUAACGGUCUUCGGGUUGAUUGUGUGGGUUUGCAUUCUUCUCAGCCACAUUCAAUUUGUGCGCGCGCGAAAGGCACAGCAAGUCUCGGAACAGCAUCUUCGAUACAAAGCGCCUUGUGGAGUCUAUGGUUCGUGGGCAGCGCUGGUCUUUUGCGUGCUUGUUGUGUUCACUAAGAACUUCUCGGUCUUCAUCCACACCAAGACUUCGGACUUUGACUACAAGAACUUCAUCACCGGAUAUAUUGCGAUUCCGGUUUUCCUGAUCAUGUUCUUUGGCUAUAAGGUUGUUUACCGGACCAAGGGCGUCCGUCCCGCCGAAGCCGACCUCCACACUGGGUUGGACGAGAUCGAGCUUCAUGAGAUAGAAUUCGCUAAGUUUGAGGCGGAGAGAAUGGUGAAGCAGAACAGGCUUGGAAGGUUCUAUCGCCGAUACAUUUCCUGGCUGUUCUGAGGAUUU